AUGACGGCUCCCUCCAUGACAUCUACCACUAACAAUAAUCAGUCAUCAUCUGAAACUUGGGAAAUAAACACAAUGAUAGAGCCAACAUUUGGCCAGAAUACAGACAGAGCAGAAAGUUCAAGUACAGCCAGUGUUGAUCAUGUUUCAUCAAUUAAUCCUGAAAACAGCACAGAGAACUCCACUGGCAAAGCCUUGAGAAUAACAGGAGCAGGAGACUCUUCCAGCGGCCUCUCACCAGCAGUCAUUGGAGUCAUUGUUGCCUCUGUUUUGUUGGUUUUUAUUGUUGCUUUGAUUGCUGCUGUCUAUUAUAGAAGAAAUUACAAGUACAUCUUCAGACAUGGGAAACUUAUAGAAGAGAAAAACCCAGCUGACUUUUACAAAAUUGCCUUUCCAAGCAGGGGAGAAGACAAUGUGACCUUUGACACAGGAAUUGAAAACCCAACAUAUGACUGCCUGCAUGAUCCAACACACUCCAUAUCUCAGCCAGGAGAUACAAGGACAUGA